GCGAAGGAGUAAUGGUUAUAAGGAGAGGCAAGUUUUGUGCUCGAUAAACGGAGGCCUGCUAUAACAAGUUUUGUUGGAAAAGGACUGUACGUAUAUCGGUUAGAAAGCAGAGUCGGAGUUCUUUCUUGCCACCUUCAUUCCUUUCUUCCCUCAUUCUCUACUCUACUCGGUUACUCUUCCUUUUCUAGACGAUUUCGGUACAGAGAUGGAACCUAUGAAAAUUGUGGACUUUUUUGACAAUGAAGGGGUUAAGGAUGACCUUGAAGCGGUUAGUAGUGGAAACCAACAUGAUAGCAAAAAAGGCUAUUUGAUCAAAAUUCCGGGAUAUCAAAUUCAUUCUACUAGUCAAGUUUCUGAUGAACAUAUAGUAUUGAGUGGUCGAAGUUCGUGUCAUAGUUAUACUGGUGCAUCGGAGCUAGGCUUUUUGAAUGUUGAUGACUCUGUGAUUUCUAAUUCACAACCGCUUCCUGCAGAACCACUUUGUAGGAAGUUUUGGAACGCUGGAAAUUACGGUGAUGGCCUUGGUUCGAAAGUCAGCUCUCAAUAUGCAAAUAACUAUCUUCAUGUCCACCCUUUGUUCCUCCACUCUAAUGCAACCUCACACAGAUGGGUAUUUGGUGCCAUAGCCGAGCUUCUAGAUAAUGCAGUUGAUGAGAUUCAAAAUGGGGCUACUUCUGUUAAGGUGGAUAAUAUUUUAAAUCCUAAAGAUGGAAGUCCAGCAUUGUUGAUUCAAGACAAUGGUGGUGGAAUGGAUCCAGAAGCAAUGCGAUGUUGCAUGAGUUUUGGAUUUUCGGAUAAGACGUCAAAAUCUGCAAUUGGACAAUAUGGAAAUGGUUUCAAGACUGGUAGUAUGAGACUGGGUGCAGAUGCAAUUGUCUUCAGCAGCCACAUGAAUGAUGUGGUAUGUACUAAAAGCAUUGGACUUCUAUCAUAUUCAUUCUUGACGCGAGCACAGCUCGACAGAAUUGUAGUGCCCAUGGUAAGUUAUAAGUGCGAUACAUCAACUGGAUACCUGGAAAAACUAAAUCACCCAGAGCAUUUUAGGUCUAAUAUGUCUUUGCUGCUGGACUGGUCUCCAUAUCGAUCAGAAGCAGAAAUCUUGAAACAGUUUGACGACAUUGAAAAUCAUGGUACUAAAGUUAUUAUCUUCAAUUUAUGGCUCAAUGAUGAUGGGAAGUUGGAACUAGACUUUGAUACCGAUCCCGAGGAUAUCCGUAUUGCUGGAGAUAUUAAGAAGAUUGAUACGUCUCUAGCCAGGAAGAGAGUAAAUGAGCAACAUCUUGCUAACAGGCUUCAUUAUUCUUUACGUGAUUACUUGUCCAUAUUGUACUUGCGGGUGCCAGAAAGUUUUAGAAUCAUAUUGAGAGGGCAAGCUGUGAAGCUUCGUAACAUAGCAGAUGAUCUUAAAGAUAUUGAGUAUAUCGUGUAUAGACCAAAAAGUGGUGGUUUAGAAGAGGCAUUAGUUGUGACAACAAUUGGAUUUCUUAAGGAAGCUCCUGCAGUCGGCAUCCAUGGCUUCAAUAUAUAUCACAAAAAUCGGCUGAUACUGCCAUUUUGGCCGGUUGUGAAUGGCAAUAGGGGUAGAGGAGUUGUAGGGAUGUUGCAAGCAGAUGAAGUUCAGCCAACUCAUAAUAAGCAAGAUUUUGAGAGAACUUCUCUGUUUCAAAAGCUUGAAAUACGCUUGAAGGAUAUGACAUGGGAAUACUGGGAUUGUUAUUGUCAUAAAAUUGGAUGUCAGGGAAGGAAGCGUAAAGUUCCAGUUGGCCCACUUAAUCCACCAAAGGAGAAACUUCUUGUUACAGAAAACCCAGUUGCAUUGGACAACUGUUCUUCACAUGUACCAUUAUCGAACACACAAGGCGGAUCUGAACAAACAUAUCUUACUAAGAGAAAGACACUUGGAUUUAUAGAUCAACAUGAGGUGAAAAGGCAAGCAGUGGAAAAGAUUGAAACAGGUCUUUGCUGCAAUCAAAAUGUUCAGACCAUUGCUUCUCUUCCUGACCAGAUGGUUGACCAAGAAACUGCGAACUUACUGGAAUGGAACAAGAAACUCAUUGCUGAUUGUUUUGCAUUUGAAAAGGCGGAGGAGGAACUUAUUCUCAAGGUGACACAGCUUAGGAAUAAAAUUGAAGAAGCAAAGCUUGAGUAUGAUAGACUUUUGGCAGAAGCAGUAGAGUAUUAGACGUGGUUAAGUGGCAGCUCAUGCAGUCUAGUUUUGAUUCUAUAGUUAGAAAGAUGCUGUUUGAAUAUAGUUUAGUCCACUCCUUGCUUACCAUUGCUUCCCCUCUAAGGUUUUUGGGUCUUUUGUAAGCAGAUGGAAGUGAGCCAAGGCUUAAGAGCUUAAGAUCUGGGAGCUACUUUUACCCCCUUAUAAUUUCUUUAAAAUCACACCCCCUCCGGAUCUAUCCAUUUGGACGGAAAAAUACUAAAUUUUCUCGCGUCCAAGUGAGUAAAUUCGGACGGUUUUUAGGGUCCUUUGUCAAACUCCAGAAAAUGUACAGUGUGAUCUGCCUUGAGAAAAUUAUCCUACAAAUGCAGUUUAUAUACAGCUCAAUUACAGGUUGUUUGAAGAAAUAA